AUGUCGGACGUGCUGGCGGCCGCCGCCGGCUCCCGCUUCGAGCCGCUGGCUGCCGGGGCGCCGGACGGACCCGCGGCACAGGGCCCCUCAGAAAAUGAAGACUUAGCCCAAAAGACAGAGCCUACAAAUCAGCUGAUUGAUUCUUUGGAGUCCAGUACUUUGCAGAGCAGGUCACAGACUGGGUCGCAGGUGAAUGCAGGCACGACAGAGGAUUCCAAGGAACGAGCCGGCACUUUGGAGGACCGGGAAGUGUCUGAACUAGAAGAGAAGCUGCCUGAUGAAAUCCAGUCCCUCAAAAAGGAAGCUGUUUUUCGAAUGACCAAUUACCAUGUACCUCAAGGAGCAGGAGAUAUAGUCAUGAUUCAGUCAGAUCACACUGGUGCUGUGGAUAUCCUUUCAGCUGAGCUGGAGACUGCAGGUCUCCUUGGUGAACAGAGGAAAGCUCAGCCUCCCCCUCUGGCUCCACCCACCAUGUGGACCACUGAGAAGACGAAGGAAUUCAAAGCCAAGGUGGGAAGGGAGAAGAAUGGCCGGAUGGUGGUGAAGCGAGGCGAGGUGGUGACAGUCCGUGUGCCAACCCAUCCUCAUGGGAAAUGCAUUUGCUGGGAGUUUGCUACAGAUGACUACGACAUUGGUUUUGGAGUCUACUUUGACUGGACCACGGUUACUAGCACUGCCAUUACCGUUCAGGUCAGCGAAUCCAGUGAUGAGGAGGAUGAAGAAGAGGAGGAGGAAAACGAAGGACUCGCCCCUGUUGGGGAUGUGGAAAGAGGCUCCAAAAGUUAUCUGCGGAACCGCUAUGGAGAGAUCAUGCCAGUAUAUCGGAGGAACAGCCAUCGGGAGGUGCAGGCAGGCAGCCAUGAGUACCCAGGCGAGGGCAUCUACCUGCUGAAAUUUGAUAACUCAUACUCUCUCCUCCGCAAUAAGACUCUGUUCUUUCAUGUCUAUUACACUAGCUGAACUAAAGGGAAGGGCAGGGACGGCAGGCAGGUAAUGGUGAAUGUAGCAGGCUGCCACCCAACCCUGGUACUGCCUGAUGGGCACUGCUGUGUGAUGGAACCAAGGCACAAUUCUGCCAGCUCUUCUUCAGACACUAAAUGGUUUCUCCCCAUACCCUCCCCUUCUGUCCCAGUGGAGAAAGGUAGCUGUGUCUGCCUGGUUGUCCACAGGCAGCUGCUCUUUCUGUAAAACUUUGGGAGAUCUGCUCUGUGCAGGCAUCGGGCUGGGCCUUCAUGUCAUAGCUGGUAAAUGCCCAGCGGCCAAGUUAAGGUGGUCGUAGUUUCGAUCUGUUGUGCUGGUACAAACUGAAGUGAAAAUAUUUUUGAUCUGUUACUAUUUUGUGAGUAACUUUUCCAACUUUCCUGCUGUAUCUGCAUCACUAGAGGGUAGCUGUCAGUCUCAGUGAGCCAAAAGCAUAGCUGGCUUGUCACCUAGCCACCCAGAUGUUAUCACCUACCACCACUGCAUGUCACCAGCACCUAGUGCUUCCUUCACUCGUGCGGGUGGGGGCGCAGCUGGCCAGCGGAAGCCGCUGCCGCAGUGGCUUGGCUAUGCUACAGCAGGCAGUCCCGAACACCAGGCGCAGCAUGUGUUCGAGGAGGGGUGGGAGAGAGGGUGCACACCUACAAGUCAAUAAGAAGGUUUCCCUACAGAUUAAGAAUUGGAUAUUACAUCUGUUGAUUGUAGGGGUAUGUGGAUGGUUAAAACUUCGGUGACUGCCAGAAGUUUUUCUGUAAUCCAGAUGUCAAGGAGAAGAAAUUACAGCUGUGCUGAGUAAAUAUGAGAAGGUUGGAGUUCAGCCAAAAAAUAGGAAGUAUUUCACAGUAGCAGCAUGUUGGUUCACUGGUAUUGCUGCCAGCUGGAUAAUAACAUAUCUAGCAAGGAAAAAAGGCUCCCCAGAGAAGUGUAGCUUGUCUGCUGCUAUUGCUGUUGCAAAGGUAUUGUUAGAGAAGAACAUCUCUGCUCAGAAACUUGAAAGAUAUAGGAUUUAAACAAUCCUUUCUGUGUACCAGAAUCAGCAAGGCCAUUGCUAACCCUGAUUAUGUGGUAAAGGGUGGAGUUCCUUUGCCAUGUUUUUGUGGCUGGUGGUGGCACUGGUGAUCACCUUCUGCUCAAAUACUGGCAGAGUUGAACAAGGAUUAAGUUAAUCCUUCAGAGAUGAAUUUUAAAUCAUGUUUAUCUGUAACUUGUUUAUUUUAAUACUUUUAAAUUGAAAUAAUUCUCUUUUCUAAGAAUACUGCUGUAUUUACAUUUUUGAUACCUCUGCAGAGACACAAAAUAGCUGUUUGCAUGGUAAUUCCAGUAGAACUCUGAGUUUUAAAUCCUCCAGGUAAAGCACCCUUACUUGUUCCUUCUGUUGAGAGGAAUGAUGGACAAAUUGAUUUUGGGUAGUUAAAGCCAAAGACUUCACUCUCAUAGGAGGGAUGAAUAUUUCUUAUUAAGGAUAUAUUGUAAUGCUGUGCAAUUUGCUCGAUAUUCAAGCUCUUCUUUUAACUAUCUCUGCUUACUUAUUCCCUGCCAUGGAGCAAUUUAGUAGGUCAAAAUGGUAAGAGAGAUUAGUCAGUCUACAGUAGGGCAGCCUGAGCUGGGAACAGGAGGAGUGGAAAUGCAAAGAGCACAGUGGUUUUCUGGGUGAGCAGGCAGGGAGCAGGGUUGGUCAGUGUAAAGAGCAGAGUUGUUGCUGCUUUGGACUCUGAAAAAGCAAGUGCACCUUGGUGAAGGGGGACUGCAAAGCUGUCUUAUUCAAGUGGGGCAACCACAGGGCAACCUUGCAGGGAGACAGAACAGUAUCAGUAUACAGAGCUUGGUAUCUGUUAGAGUAAGAUGCUCUUUCAUUUAGCAGCUUGGGGAGGACUAUUCCUGCCUUUAGCACUCCUGGGGGACAUGAAGGACCAGCCUGUGGCCUUUGUACAGCACUUGGAUCAGGCCUGAGCAAUGUGGGUAAGGUGCUGUCUUUUUUUUUUAUAGUCCUUGUCUAUCAAGUUCCUAGACACUAAACAGGAUAAGAUAGGAAAGACCCUUCUGUCUGACCACACUGUCAGCACUGCCCCACUCAACAACUGCUUUGUUGAGCAGUCCUUUGCUGGGAGUUCUACAGAACCCUGCGUGCACUGCAGGUUAGUGUAUGAUGCACUGUCUGGCACCUACUCCACUUUAUAAUUAGGAUUUAUUUACAAUGAAGUCAGUUAUGGAUACUCAGUUGCACAGCUUAUUGCAGGCUAGUGGGUUAUCUCCACUAAAAAACUGUUUCCCUUACAGCAUGGCCUUCCUGUUGCUAGCUUGCAGCUACUUCCCCCUCCUGUCUGUGUGUUGCUCACAUUAAGGUUUGAAGUACAUUUUGUCAUGUUGUAAGAAGUAUGGUCUGCCUCACAAACCAAUUUUGAUCCCUCACUGGCACAUAAAUAGAAUGUGCUAGUUUUCAAGCCAUUGGUGGUUUUAGUCUAGAUGAGUUGCACUGCAGAUGGCAGUCCUAUUGCUCAGUUCUAGCUUUCUGAAGUGUGGACCAACCUAUACGGCAGCUCAGGUCACUUGUUAAGAACUGUGCCCAUCUCCUUGUUUCACUGACUUAAGACCACUUAAGCAUUGAAUAUGGUUUGUCAUCCCAACCAGCAUGUACCUGGACUGCAAAUGCAGUGUGUCCAUAGGUAGGCCUGCUGCAGUGGAACCAAAAGCAUUUGGUGUGUUGCUCACACCAGAAACUAAAGUUUCCUAGAAGUAUCUGCUCUUAUGAACACAAGGUAGUUUUAGGCACAGAGUAUUUCAUCUGCAGGAAACAGAAGCUUCACAGUUGUGCAGGAUAAUUCCUCUUUUUGCUUAUGCUUUCUUAAUUUCCACAUUAUAUGAGUAUGUUGUUUCUCAGGUAUUCAGAUAGCAUUCAUUAUGCAAGUGACAACUUCUCUUUGGAAGGGCUUAUAGUCUUCAUUAAUUUCUAAUAAAUCCAAUAGCUUGUCCAUGUAGCUAGUGAUUAAUAGCAGCCAUUCCCAUUCAAAAUCAAACCCAUAGUUGGUUCAGACAAGUAACCUUAUUUUUCAUGCCUUCUUUUUUGGCUUGGUGGAUCUCCUGGAUUUGUAUCCAACCCUGCUAUCUGGCUGAAGGAGUGAUGGGAACCCUUCUUUUCACAGGCUUUUGAAACUAGACUUUGGGUCUAGAAAGAAAAAUUAAUUGAAAAAGGAGUUGUAAUUCAGCAAGGAAAAUUAAUCCUUGAGAAGGGAAAAUUCCUUCCUUGUUUCUGUGGAAGGAAGAUGUCAGAUAGGUUUUUAAAAAGCGUUUCUUCUCCCUGUGUAUUGUUGAAAAAUUAAAAAAGUUAAAUCAAGGAAGAAGCUUCUUUGCAUUUUGGCUUUGCUUUUGUGAAAGCACAAAAUUGUUUUCUGUUUUGUUUUGAAUAUAAUUUAGAUCAAGAAAUACGAUCUAUGUGUUCAGCCAGAGAUAUGCCAGUCAUGUAGUGCAGGACUUGCAUAAAAAUUAGUUUGUAUAAUUCUUCAUUUAUAACAAUGGGUACAAUCUGUUGGGCAUUUUUUUAUGCCAACGGUCAUUGUUGUUGCUUUUGUGUGAUCUUUGGGGGUUUUUGGUUUUGGUGUUUUGUUUUGUUUUUUUUUUCUUUAGGUGUAAUGUAGCAGCAGGAGUUUAAAAUGGAUGUGUUUUACUGAGGACAGUGAAAAAUCACUUAAAUCAGGGACCACUUGUACCUAUUUAAUUUACUCUUUGGAGGCCUGUAAUAUACACUCUUGUGAAAGGAUACUGGUAUCAGAUUGAUUAUUGGUAAUGAGCCACUUACAUGAACAGGUAAGGUGAAAAUGCAUAAGAGAGAGAGAGCUUAGCAGUCUGACUUCAGGAGCUAAGAAGAAAGUGAAGUUUCUAUGCAACUGAGUGUAAAGACAGCAAAACACCUUUCUUUUUUUGCUCUACCCUGUGCACUCAUCUCUUUGUAACCAUGUGUGCAUGUAACCUUCAACUGUAGCCUGCAGUGGGUCAGUUAUGGUGGUGCUGGACCUAGUGAUGUGUGUUAGAGAUGAACCUUGUUAAAUGCCUAGUUGCUGAAAGACUUACUGAUUCAUGUGGGGAAUUAGGGUAGAGAAUUAAUCCCUAAAUGAGUUCACUUUUAUCCCCACUGCUUAUACGCUUCCUUCUUGUUUCAUUAUCCCUACUAAAGCCACUCUACAGAGGAUUUCUCACAAGGUGCCUUAGGAACAAGGAGCGUGUCUGAAAUAAGAGCCAUAGAUAUCAUUAGUCCAAGGGAUUUCUUCUCGUUUUUUUGCCCAUUUGUGUAGAAGGGAGACACUUCCUAAAAUCAGGCAAGGAGAGCCCUAUAGGCUGUUCCUGGAGAUUUAAGCUCUUCAUUAGACUGUCUUGUUGCUGUAAGUUGAGUCAUAAAAUGGUGUUUGAGUUUCUUGGUGCCAUAAGAUCUUUGCCUUUAAAAAUCACAUGCUGUUGUCAUGUACCAAGGAACACCAGAGGUCUUCUUUUGAUAUAGUGGUGGUAAACCUGAGGCCCAGAGGAACACUAGAGCAUUCCUUGUGGUCAUUCAUUAUUUUCUCUAUAAAGAGUGUCUGAUUUCAGCACUGAGUGGUGUGUGCUUAUGGGUAUUGAGGCUGGAUAAGAGACCAGAGCAGAAAAGGGGUCUUUUUUUGGUCUACAAGUGUGAAGGGAAAGACUGUUUCUCCUUUCCUUAUGUCUGGGAAGAUAUUGGAUGUGACAAUGUCAUGUAUAUGACUGAGAAUAUCUUGAUGGGUAGAAUGAAAAACUGAGAACUGAUCAUGAUUGGCUAAUUAAUUAGACUAAAAGAAGCCAGGAGUUUAGCAGGAGUCAAAAUGCUAAGUCAUUUAUCUGAAUAAAUUAAUUUGAUGUAACUUAAUAAAGCUUUAGAAGGUACAUAAAUCUGCAGAGUUCAAAUACAUCUUGCCAGGAGAAUUUUCUUUGGGGUUAUUCCACAUUUGCCUCCAAAGAGUCUUUGGCAACUUAUUCUGAAACACUGGUGCUGUUGAAGCUAAAGACACAUCAGGCUGGGUGGACAGUGGGUCUGAUUCCCCUUGGCUUUUCUGUGUUCCAUUCUGGAUUUUACAUGGUGCCUUCUCAGAAGCAUCAUACAAGAAAUGUAUCAGGCAAGGAGAGAGCAAGAAUUUUGUGAGCCAUUAAUGAGGCUAUUUGGUUUAAGCCCAUCUGGACUGGUGAGUUAAGUUCCUUGGGCAAGAAGCUGGAUGCCAACCAUAAAGCUGAGGGCUAAGGAGGCUUUCCCAAAUAAUGACCUCACAGUUUAGGAGCCGUGUUUGGAAAUUAUAAAUAGCUGGAAAUGGUUUCCUGGCAGCCUUCAGGAUGCUCUGGUGACUGUCUGCUCUCCUCAGAGGGAAGCAGCGUGCUCUCAACUCACUGCUCCAAGUUGCUUGCAUAGAUCUGUGAAUGGGGAGUAUCUUGUAAAGCUCAUCAUACCUUUUUCAGACCUACAUUCUUGUGAACUGUGAUGGUUGUCAGCGCUUACCUAUGUGAUGUGAACGUUUUUGAUGUCCUGUGAUUUCAAAAUUGAGAUCUCAGCACCAACCAUUUGCUCUUCAUGUUCUCCCAAGAUAGGAGUUUUAAAUGGAGGAGAGGCUAUUUCAACAAAAUUUGGCACUGAACCUCUUGCUGAAGGGCACAGAUGAAGGCUACAUUUGUAGCAUGCUUGCUUCUUUCUAAGCUUGGUUUGUACUGUUUAUAUUUGAUGUGUUGUGGCUGAUUUGUAAAAGUAUAUUGGAACUUAUUCCCUUUAAAUAAACUUUUCACUAUGCAACCAAGAAA